ACAGCAGCAGCAGCAACAACAGCAGCAGUCUCGCAGUGUAGGAGGGCAGCUCCCAUCGCUGGGUUCUCAAUGCGGGAGCGGGGUUUGUGCUGCGAAUGGCUGACUUCGCAGAAGCCUUCCGCACUCGAAGCCUCAUCAGCAGUCUCAUCAUCGGCAGCGGCAGCAGCAGCGGCAGCAGCAGCAGCAGGAGAAUCGUCGGUCCACCGCCCGUGCCAUCUUCCGGAGGGAACCAAGUCGUCGCGAUGCCUUGCUUCCCAAUCAGCGCCAACAACAGCAGCAGCAGCAGCAAUGCCGUUGCGUCUGCCUCGACCACCACCACCGCAGCAUCAGCAUCAGCAGCUGCGGCUGCUGCUUCUUCAUCUGCGGCCACAGCCUCCUCCUCCGCCGUCACCCCGGGCGAUCUCGGCCUGGGCCACGGGGCCGUGGACUUCCCAGACGAUGCGGAGCUUGCAAGCGACCACGACGACGAAGACGACGAAGACGACGAGCUUCCCAAUUUCCUCAUCACCACCAUCCUGGACGUGAUGUCCUCCGCCGAGGACGACAUUCAAUGCAGUCCUCGGCAGCACGAUCAGCAUCAUCAGCAUCAUCAUCAGCAGGGUGGUGUUGGUGGUCGUGAUGCGUCGUGGGUUGUUGUCGAAGAGCCUCCUCCUCCUCCUGCCCCCCGCUGCAGUUCGUGUGAGUCGGGAGCGAGAGCCGCCUCCGAGUGCCUCGUGUGCCGCGAGUUGCUGUGCAGCGCCUGCGUGUCCGCACACCGGCGGGUCAAGCUCACCAAGGAUCACCGCAUGCAGCCAGUGCAGCAGCAGCAGCAGCAGCAUCAGCAGCAGUUGCAGCAGCAGCAUCAGCAGCAGGAGGUGAUGAUGAUGGUGCCGGUUCGAGACGGGGAGCAGACGUACUGCCGACAGCACGAAAGAGAGGUGGCGCGCCUUUUCUGCGACACGUGCGCCGUGCCCAUCUGCCGUGGCUGCACGCUGGCGUGGCACGCCGGCCACAGCUUCGUGUACCUGCAGGACGCGCUGCAGGGAUCGCGCGGCGCCGCCUUGCAGCUGCUGGCAGAGGCUCGUCAGGAGCGCCUCACACUGCAGAUCAGCAUCGAGCGGGUGCAGGCGAUGGUGAAGAGGGUGGACGCCAGGAUGGAGAACAUCCGCUCGGAGGUGCGGGCCGUGGCCGAGCGGCACAAGAAAGCGCUGGAGGAACGCGAAGGGGAACUCCUCUACAAGGUGGAGAAGGUCCACGUGGCCAAGCUCGGCGUGCUGGACCGGCAGGCCGAGGAGCUGCGGCAGAGCCUGGCUCGCCUGGACGGCACGCUGCUCUGCGUGCAGCGCUCGCUGGAGCAGGGCCGCGAGCUGGACGCGCUGAAGGCGCGCGAGCUGGUGCUGGCGCGCGUCCGCGAGCUGCAGGACAUGAAGCGCGCCGGGGCGCUGGCGCCGCGCGAGGACGACCGAGUCAUCUUCACGCCACCCGACGGGGCGCUGUGCGCGGCCCUACGUGCUCUGGGCAGCGUGAGCAGCGGGGCGUGCGCGCUGCUCUCCACGGCGGUGGGCGAGGGGCUGCAGCGAGCCGUGCGGGGCCGCGUCGCCACCUUCGCCGUGGCGCUGCAGGAUCACGGCGGGGACCCCUGCUGCGGGGGAGGGGAGACCCUCGCCGUCGCCGUCACCGCGCCCGACGGGAGCCCCUGCUGGACCGAGGUGGUGGAGCUGCAGGACGGCACGUUCCGUGUGCGCUACCGCUCGGACCAGGACAAGGAGCACCGCGUGAGCGUCACCGUGGCCGCCGCCGCCUCCUCGGCCACCGCGACCCCCGGCGGCGCCGGCCCCGUGCCCCGCCGCCACCUUCCCGGCUCCCCCUUCACCGUGCCGCUGCGCGCGGGCCGCAGCUACGCCGGCGUCGGCAUCCCCCUCCGCUGCUUCGGCGGCGAGGGCGACGCGGACGGGCGGCUGUGCCGGCCCUGGGGCGUGAGCGUGGACCGCGAGGGCCGCUUCGUCGUCGCCGACCGCAGCAACAAUCGCGUGCAGGUGUUCGGCCCCGCCGGGCAGUUCCUCUUCCGCUUCGGCGCGCCCGGGGCGCGUCCCGGCCAGUUCGACCGCCCCGCCGGCGUGGCCUGCGACGACCGCCGCGACCGCAUCGUCGUCGCCGACAAGGACAACCAUCGGGUGCAGGUGUUCAGCUCGCGCGGCCGCUUCCUGCUGGCGAUCGGCGAGCGCGGCCACCUGAACGGCCAGUUCUGCUACCCGUGGGAUGUCGCGGUGAGCCCCGAGUCGGCCGGCGGCGGCCUCAUCCUCGUGUCGGACACGCGCAACCACCGGGUGCAGCUCUUCUCUCCCGACGGCACCUUCGUCAACAAGUACGGCCUGGAGGGCGGCCUGUGGCGGCACUUCGACUCGCCGCGCGGCGUCGCCUUCAUGCCCGACGGCCACCUCCUCGUCACCGACUUCAACAACCAGCGGCUGCUCGUGGUGCGGCCCGACUGCGGCUCGGCGCGUUUCCUCGGCUCGGAAGGCUCGGCCCCCGGCCAGUUCCUGCGGCCGCAGGGCGUGGCCGUGGACGCCGAGGGCCGCGUGAUCGUGGCCGACUCGCGCAACCACCGCGUGCAGAUCUUCGAGCCGGACGGCAGCUUCCUGUGCCAGUUCGGCGGGCCCGGCAGCGGCCUCGGCCAGAUGGACCGGCCGUCGGGCAUCGCGGUCACGCCCGACGGUCUCAUCGCCGUCGUCGACUUCGGGAACAACCGCGUGCUGGUGUUCUAGCUCGCCGUUGGCGCGCGGCUCCCGGUUCUGGUAACAAAACCCCCGAAUCGGCGCUCGCCACGUGACGGCUCGGCUGGGGGGGGCCGUGUCGCCCGGUUUGUCCCCACGCGAGAGUUGGUCCCUUCUCCGUAGCUCCGUUUUUAACGGUGACGUCGAAGUAACGUCGAGAGAACGAAAAAAAUUUCUUUCGACCGUCGCUCCCAACGGUUUCGUUUCACCGUCGGUUCGUGGCGUGCCCGGGGCUCCUUCACCCCCUAAAGCUGCCUUACCAUCCGCGUCGUCCGUCUUAACAAAACAACAACGCCUGUCUGUCCGUCCGUCCGUCCGUCCGUCUUUUACCAACCGUUGUACACGCGACGCUCCUGCUUUUCCACACCCCCC